GUACAGUUGUAUUUUUAUGUAUUUAUUUUUUAAAACUGUGCCUUUUAAUAUUUAUGAUUGCAGUCAUGAGUGUCUUUUCUUAAAUUACUGAAAUAUUUACCUUUUGAGAUAGCCUAUACUCAGUUGCUUUUACCAAUUGCCAGUGACAUAGCACAGGCUUGAUAAGUCAGAUUGUGUUUAUUCCAGCGACAUGCAGUUAAAAUGUGCAUAAAGACACUUUGCUUAUCUAGGCUUUUAAUGUCUAUGGAUGGCAACUGGUACUGAAGAUGCUGAACUACUGUCAACGACCCUUUACACUGACAGCUCACAAUGAUAGACAGUGUCCAAGUACGGAGUCGGGGGGCUGUAGAUUUUCAGUCAUACUAUGAAUAUGCCUGCGCUCUGCAAGACUCGGUUCCACUGCCAGCUGUGAAAGCGAAGCUUGGCCAGGGUAUCUUGGACCUCAAUGGAGAUCGGUUAAAGCUGGUUGACUGGACUCCCAUAUUAAAUUCUCUUACUAUCAACAAACAUCUACAUCAUGUUGCAAUAAGAAGCUACCAUCAGCCAAGUCUUGGUGAAGCAGAAAGAUAUAGAACGUCUUACAGGAAAAAAAUCCCAGCCUUCCGUUCCAAGGACAUGACAUUCAGACUGUGUAAAUCAGUUAGAGGUUGUCUGACUGUUUCAUAUUCUCUCAAAACUGUGGAACUGCAAGGCCUUCCAUUGCGAGAAAGAGAUUUAAUUCUUUUAACAAAGGGAUUAGCAAAAACAACAUCUUUGGAGAACCUUUCGUUGGCAUACUGCCCCAUAGGAGAUGAAGGAUUGGAAGUUAUUUGCCAAAGUGUGAAGAACUCCACCUCAAUCAAGACAGUUAAUUUUGCAGGCUGUAAUCUAACAUGGAGUGGGGCUGAACACAUGGCAAACAUCGUCAAGUACCAGGCAACCAAAAGACACAGUGAGGCUUGGGCUGAAAGUCUUCGCUAUAGAAAACCUGACCUAGACUGCAUGACUGGCUUACGAAGGAUCAACCUUAGCUGCAAUACCCUAAUUGGGGAUCGGGGAGCCAUUUCCUUCGCAGACGCUCUUAGAGAAGAUCUCUGGCUAAAAGCACUUGACCUUCAGAAGUGUGGGAUAUCCAACGAAGGAGCCCGAGCACUGCUGGAUGUGCUGCAGUCUAACACCACAGUAGUAGUUCUCGAUCUUCGGAAAAAUCCUUUAGUUGAUAAUGAUCUUAUAAAGUCUAUAAUUGAAAGAGUACUUGUGAAUUCCAAUGAAGCCAGCCCUGAGUACAACUGGAUAAACCUACCACCUGCAAAGGACUCAUUGAAACCUAAACAGCGGAAAAGAACCAUAAUGCUUGGAAGUGGAGUAAGAGGAAAAGCUACCAUCAGGAUAGGACCUCGGAAACUGUCAUCUAAUGGGAAAAGUCUGUCUGUUAUUGCAUGUAAUGUCCCACAGCCAUUACCACCUGGGGCUCAUGGUUAUAUUCCUUGGCGUACUGCUGCACGGGCUAGGAGGCACAGAGGCUGUUCGUCAGUACAAGAGAGUUUGCUUGUUGAUCAGACAAUUCAGGCUGGAAGUCCUGUGAAGGUUAUUCUAGAAAGUGACUUUUCAGAUACAGAAGAGUUGGAUGAUAAUCUGCAGAGACCUACAGCAUCCAGCUUCUCAGACAAAAUCGAUGUAAAACAGUUUAAGAGGCUACAGGUAGAAUUGGAGGAGUGCCGACUCAGGCUAAGGGAAGAAAAAAGGGCAAGAGCCAAGGCAGAUGCACGACUGGUUGAGCUGGAUGUUGAAAACGCACAAAUAAGAAACAUAAACCUUUCUUUGUCUGAGGCCCUACAUGCACAGUGCAUGACGUCAAGUAUACUGGAGGAUGAGGCAGUGCUAGAGAGUAUUGAGACUUCAUUUAAAAAGUUCCACGCCUUUUUGGACCUUCUUAAAGAUGCAGGGCUGGGGCAGCUUGCAUCUAUGGCUGGAAUCAGUCAGUCUGAUUUUGGACCAUUGGGACGGCCCCAGCUUUCUUCCACUGUUGGUAAGCCUGAAGCACGAUUAACAGAGGACACAGACCACAGAGCAGAGGAACGACCUUCUGCAAGCCAGUUUGCUGCUGGAAAUACAGAUCAUACUCAAUCUGUUUUCAAGUCAACGGAACUUGGAAAUGGUGCAAUUCCUACAAGAAAAGAUUGGCAGAAAUCUGCUUCACAAAGUCUGCGGUCUAGUCAAAGCGAGCCUGAAAUGAAAUACCCAAGCCAAAGCAGUGGGGAAUCCUCAGCUUCUAUGAGAAGGUUUUGAACGGUAUCUGUGAAACUUCAGGGCUUGUCUGAAGAUCCGUCUCUUGGUAGAAGUCAAGCAUGCUUUGGAAAUGGUGCAAACAGACAAAGUAAUGGGAACAGAAGCAAAUCCUUAAAGAUUGGUUCACAAAUCAUUGGCAACAUACCUUUUCUUGCUGGAGAAGAUGUACAUGAAUCGAAACCAGCUGAUUACUGUGAAGACUAGAUAAGAAAUCCCAUUAAUAUGUCUGUUCUGUUGGAAGCCUGGGAGAUGGGUUUGAUGAGGAAUUUUGAGAUAGUCUCUUCUUUGGUUUUGAAAUACAGCAAAAUCUAUUUGUAUUCUACAUGUUAUUACAGAAGUACAAAUGCCUUUGUUUUGUUCAGUUUUGUAAAAUAAUGAACAGUUCAAACAUACACAGGUACAUCUAAACUGUUUGAUCUGGAUGUCAAUUUGUUCAUGACCUUAAUUUGUGUGUGAUUUUUUUUUUUUUUUUUUUUUUUUAAGUGAAUCUUUUUGCUUUGCCUUUCCCUUUCUCUCUGUGUGUUUUGUUUUUAAUAAUAAAAUAAAAAAUGAAUGCCUGUAAGUAUUUUUAUAAACAUACCAAGUAAAGAUUGUGUAAAUAUUUAUUGUGAUGCUGAUUUAAAAGAUUUAAGCAUUUUUUAUUA